AUGGCUUGCCAUACAGCUGUUGAUGCGCGAAGACUCCUCAAAAAACCCGACUGGAGGCAUCUUAACAUUGAUGGCCUCGUUGUCUCAGAUGCUCAUACAGAUAUAAAUACAGAUUUCAAUAAAAUGACCGUUAGUGAACUUCAGAAGCGCUUCAAGACAGAUUUAAUAAAUAAAAUCAAUAAUGGCGAAUUAUUAAAUGUAAUUAAACAUGUCAGAGAUAACACUUACGUGUUUCCAAACUAUGCAACUAUUUCUAUGUCCAAUGUUGGCAUUAUUAGAACAGGCGGCGACAUAAAAGAUGCAAUGAUCACAUUUUCAGUUACAAAUGGUCCAAACCCUCCAGGGAAUCUUCAGCUAAGCUCAACUUGUAUUAAUGGUGAGCUUUUUAGAGGCAGAUUGUUUACUUCUCCUUUUGUGACAAAUGAUGAAGAAUCUAAAAAAUUUUCAAGAGCAAUCAAGCAUUUCCUUCUUGAUAUAGACCAAUCUGCAUUUGUAAAAGAUGUUUUCAUGGAUUUAAUUAGAAUCCUUUACUGA